AUGUUUUCCCUGUCAGAGCUGGCACCUCUGAACCAGCAUCAGAAUAGAUCUAAAAUGUUGAAGCCCUGGUGGGAGGUCUUCAUGGACUACCUGUUGGUCCUGAUGCUGAUGACAUCUGUUUUGGCCUGCACUGAGCAGCUGUCCAGGGACCGAGUGGUGUGCAUUCCCUUGGACCCAUUUGUUACUGCAAAUACUAGCAAUCACAGUUUCUCAACUGGCGGCAAUGUGUUACUGAAUCCAUCGUCAAAGCAACCAACACACAUUCCACACAACAUCAGCCCAAAUCCUCAUUCUACAGCCCGGGGUCGACGUACUCAUCUGGUCUACCAGCAGUACGUUUACAUUAGCCAGGUGUGCUACCAUGAGGCUUUACCUUUGUGUUCCCGCUUCUUUCCCUACAUGGCCUUGCUGCAGUCUCUAGUGCUGGUAGCCAGCGGCUCCUUCUGGCUCCACUUCCCCCACACCUCUGCCCGCAUAGAGCACUUCCUCGCCAUCUUAGCAAAGUGCUGUGAAUCACCCUGGACAUCUCAAGCCCUGUCCCAUGCUGCCCAGCAGGAAAACGUCCAAGAGAAGGAGGUGGUGAGACAACCACCCCAACCUCCUCCCUCUUCAUUUUCGCCCCCAGUGACCCACACAAGACAUUCAAGCAUAGACUCAGGCACAGACAGCCCACUUUUAAAGAGGUCAGAUAGUGUAUCCUCUGCAAUACCUCCCUCCCAGUGCCCCUCCACACUGUCCUGUAACUCCACCAUGUCAACUUUAUCUCUCAGCUCCGGGGUGCACCUUCAUGGUUCCAAGCCAUCAGUCAUGGUAGACAGUCCCAGGCAGGUAAUCAGUCUGGGUAAAAGUGAUGGAGAACAAGCCAGGGCACUGUUCGAAAAGGUCAGGAAAUUUCGGUCCCACUGUGAAAGCUCAACUGUCAUCUAUAAGGUCUACUUGGCUCAGACAAUAUUCAAAUUGCUGAUGGUAACGCUGAUCGUUAGUUACACCAUCCCUCUUCUCAGCAACCUAUCGUUCUCCCACAUCUGUCAGCCUGAGGAGCAGACCCUGGUGGGCUACGCUACCUUUGAGUGUAUCCAUGUGCUCUCUUCACUUCUACGCAAACUGCUGGUGGCCUAUCUGACCCUGCUGGGGCUGUAUGUCCUGCUCAACUUUUACACCCUCACCUGGAUUUUACACAGCUCUCUACGACAGUAUUCUUUCCACUCACUGAAGGAGUUGUGUGCCCUGAGAGAUGUUCCAGACCUGACAAAUGAUCUGGCCUUUCUUUUACACAUGUUAGACCAGUACGACCCUUUGCUGGUCCAGCGUCUGUCUGUGUUUUUGUCCCCAGUCAGCAAGAGCAGGCUGCUGGAGGAAAGUUUGGAGAGGCGCUGGGGGGAGGAGAAGCUGCAUGCCAUGACCAGUGUAGAUGCAGACGGCUGCUCCAGACUGCAGCUGGUGGCCUUGCCUCGCCUACCUCCAGCUCUAUUCACCCUCAGGCAGCUUCAGGUUCUCAAACUGGAGCUCAUCACAGAUGCCAAGUUUACUGCACAGGUGGCCAACAUGACCUCACUCAGAGAGCUCCACCUCUACCACUGCACAGCAGCUGUGGAUCCCAGUGCACUUGCAGUUCUCCAGGAACGUCUGGAGGUCCUCCACCUCACCUUUACUCAGGCAUCAGAGAUCCCCAGCUGGGUCCUCUCCCUCCGCAGUUUGCAUGAGCUCCACCUCUCUGGUCGCCUGAGCAGUGAAGGUGGGGUGGGUCGCAGCUGGGCGCUGGGGAGCCUCCGACAAUUGCGUCACCUGCGUGUACUGGUGAUUCGAGGCAUGUUACAGCGGAUCCCUGGGGAGCUGUGUGAGGUUGCAGGCAGCUUGGUACGGCUGGAGAUCUACAAUGAGGGCACGAGGCUGCUUGUACUGACAGGACUGAAGCGAAUGGUCGACCUGACAGAGCUGCUGUUGCAGGACUGCCAGCUGGAGCGUUUGCCCACUGCACUGCUGGCUCUGCCCAAACUGCGAACACUUGACCUACAGAAUAAUAACUUGAGAACUCUGGAGGAGCUGCUUAGUCUGGCUCAUCUGCGGCGUCUUUCUUGCCUCAGACUUGCCUAUAAUCGUGUUCUAGUGCUGCCGACAAGUGUUGGUGUGCUUCGAGGCCUAGAGCUCCUGGAUCUGUCCAACAAUCACCUCCAGAGCCUUCCUCCAGCACUCUUCACUCUUCUCCGCCUUCGUAGACUCCUGCUGGGUAGCAACCUGCUAGAGGAGCUGCCUACAGAAAUAAAGGCACUGCAGCUGCUUACAGAGCUGGACCUCAGUGGGAACAGGCUUGAGAGCCUUCCCCCUGAGCUAUUCAGUACUUGUUUGGAGCUGCGCAUCCUAAAUGUGGCUCACAACUCUCUCAGUAGGGUACCCAGGGGGAUUGCAGCUUUAAGUCACUUGUGCAGGUUGGACUUGCGCAGUAACAGUCUGGAGGAACUGCCUGCCGAACUGGGCUGCUGCUCAGGGCUGCAUGGAGGUGGUCUCCUUGUGGAAGACUGGCUGUUUCUUUCUUUGCCUCCCCUUGUCAGGGACUUCCUGAGCCAUUCUUGCUCAACCUCUGCUGCAUACCCAGAGGGUCAUUCCCGGCCAGAGUCUGACAGUUUCCCAUACUUCUCUCCGACACAGUGGAGCUUCUCUUCUGCUCUGGAAUCAGAGAUAUAA